AGUAGCGAUUGUUUAUAAUUAGCCAUUUUUCUACGAAACGAAACAAACGAUUAAAUAAUGCAGAUUUCUGCGCACUAAAUGCCAAAUAAAACCAACAGACUGCAGGCCGCGACAAGUGCUGUGACCUAGAGUAGCGAGUAACGCCAGUCCCAAGUAGCUCUCGGUGAAACAAAGUGCCAAAAACAAAGGGACCAGGGAACCCGAACCCGAACCCAAACCCAAACCAUCACAACACCAGUCCCAAAACUCGGGCCGUGACCUGCCGAAAAGCCAGCGAGAACGGCAAUAAGCAUGGGCAACGCCAGCUCCACCGUGCACAUGCAACGCGAGCGCCACAAGUCGACCGACUUGUCCACUCCGAGCUCUCCCGCACAUUUCCGCGAGUCGGUUGUGGGCGCAGGGGGAGCGGGAGCGGGAGGAGGAGCUGCGGUGCAGGGGGGAACCGCUGGCGCAUCAGCUUUGGGCGGGGUAGCGGGCGGAGGGGGAGGGGGUGGCGGAGGCCAAGCUUUCUCGUUCGACAAAAAACAUACGGCAGUCUUGAACGAGGGCUCGUCGCAAGAAGACGACGACCCGUACUACACGGGAACUGGAACUGGAUCAUCCAGCAGACGAGGCACCGCCGACGACUCGACAUCAGCUGUUCCCCGAGAACACUCCAGCAGCAUGGACAACAACGAGGAGGAGGAGGCGGCGGCGGCAACGGAGCAACUGGCGGCAUCUCAAUUAAUCGGCGAGGACGACGACAUCCGGAAGACGGCACUGCCCACAGUUCUGCGGUGGGAUGGCGGCGGCAAGAACGUAACCAUCUCGGGCACCUUCUCCAACUGGAAGCCCAUCACCAUGGUGCGGAGCCACCAGAACUUUGUGACCAUCAUCGAUCUGCCAGAGGGCGACCAUCAGUACAAGUUCUGCGUGGACGGCGAGUGGAAGCACGAUCCCAAGCUGAAAAGCGUUGAGAACGAAGAGGGGCACAGAAAUAACUUGGUGUCCGUGCGGGAAUCCGAUUUCGAGGUGUUCCAGGCCCUGGCGAAAGACAGCGAGAACGUGACCAACUACGCGGAGAAGGAGUACUCGCAGGAGGUGCCCCAGGUGAAGCCCUGGGAGAAGGUAUCCGGCCCACCCGUUCUGCCGCCACACUUGCUGCAGGUCAUCCUCAACAAGGACACACCGCUCUCGUGCGAACCCACUCUGCUGCCGGAACCCAACCAUGUUAUGCUGAACCACUUGUACGCACUGUCCAUCAAGGAUGGCGUCAUGGUCCUGAGCGCAACGCAUCGGUAUCGCAAGAAGUACGUCACCACGCUGCUCUAUAAGCCCAUUUAGGCGUAUCGCAAUUGGUAUUUUAGCUGUAGGAAACUGGUUUUUAUGAGGGGGUAAUCCCGGAGACUUUUAAACGAUCCGAGAAUACCCCAAGCCCAAUACGUCUCGCUUGUCAAAUUUACCUUGUAAUGCAGUAAAAGUGUUUUAUUUUCUCGUUAUUAA